AUGUCUUAUUAUCAAGAUUUCUCAUAUUGUUAUUCAUCAAGCGAUGAAUCAUUUUCUUAUGUUUCAGAUCCAUGCUAUUGUCCUGUUCAUUAUGCUCCUCCAGUUAAUACAUGUGCUAUUCAUCAACCAUAUGCAUAUUAUACUAAUAAUGGAAAUAUCAAUGUUCAACCAGUAGUAAGUAAUUAUUCAAAUGUAAAUUUUUCUUCUUUACAGGUUCGUCCAGAGAAGACUCGUCGAUUUUCUUCUGAACAAAUUCGAAUUCUUGAAGAACAUUUUUAUAAGGUUGAUAAAUAUCUAUCAAAAGUAACAAUUGAUGAACUUUCAACUCGAACUCAAUUAAAACCGGCCCAAAUUCGUGUCUGGUUCAGCAAUAAACGUACAAGAGAACGACAAUAA